UGGAAGGAUGUUGUAAAUAUACACAAAUGUAUUUUUGUAACGUUUUGUCUAACCAAAGGUAUUCGUUUUUGAAAUAAACUAGGACACUAGAAGCAGAAAUAAUAAAGUACAAUAAUUGUUGGAUUCAUUGUUGCUUACAUAAAUUUGUAAAGCUAUAUAUCGAUAUCCCUUCCCAUUUUUGUCAAAAAAUGAAGUCAUUACUAUGAUGAAUACUGUUCAAUUACUUAUCAUAACUGUUCAUUACUUAUUACUUAAAUUAUCAUAUUUUGUUUUAGACUAAAUAGCACAGUCUGAUAAGGCUGAUACUCAAAACAUAUCAUCUAAUAUUUUGUUCCCAUAAUUGGUAAAAUGGCUGAAUCUGGUAAAAUACGAGAAAUCGAUUCUGCCGAUUCCUCAGAUGAAUCUGUAGAAUUUUCAGAUGCAAACGAUCAAAUUCCAGUACGAAAUGCAUUACAAGUAUCGAGGCCUUCGAUGCCUGGGACGGUACAAGAAUUUGGUAAAAAUAUUCUUCAAAGUCUCGUGAAACAUUCAGAAAAACAUGGAACUGUGGUAGCUCCAACCUUCGUUUUCAAUCAAAAUAUUAAGGAAGGGGACAAUAUAGAAACCAGUAUUGCUGGAAGUUCUGGUUUUACGCUUGAUCGAAGCAGCAAUACAUAUGAAAAAACCUCAACAACCAAGCAAAAGGCAGCAAAGUCUAAUGAUGCAGUAGAAAAUGAAACAAAAGGAGAAAUACCAUUCCAUUUUGAAGAUUCAAUUCGCGUCGAUCAUAACCUGUUGCUGCUUUAUAAUGAAAGACUAGCAAAGUAUGGUGAAGUUUACAGAGGCUUGCAGACUCAUAAAGGUUCUCGAGGAUUCGAUACAAUCGCCAUAAAAUCUAUCAAACUCAGCGAUGAAAAUAGGAAAGAAGUGGAAAUCAUCCGAAAGCUUCGCUCCCACCCAAAUGUGAUAACUGUCCUCCAAUCUGGGACUUAUUUCUUUGGUCCAAUAGAACAUUUAUUCAUCGCAAUGGAAUACUUUAAAUCUAAAACCUUGACAGACUUUGUCAAAGACGAUCCAAAGCCUAAGACUGACGAAGUCAAACAUAAACAAAUAGAACAAUUUGUUGAAGCUGUCGAUCAUAUCCACAUUAACGAAGUUCUACAUCGAGAUCUCAAACCAGAUAAUAUCUUGGUAUCGGACAAUGGUAGAAUUCUCAAAAUAAUUGACUUUGGUUUGGGAAAACAAUUAAGAAAAGGACAUUUUUUAACCAAAAUGAGCACUUUACGUGUUGGCACUGAUGGUUGGAGGGCUCCGGAAAUAUACCUUUCUGACAUUUGUUCUAAACAAUCGGACAUAUUUUCUUCCGCACUCGUAAUCCAUUUCAUAUCGACCGAUGGUUCCCACCCAUUCGGUAAUGACCCAGAUUCAUGGAAUCUCAAUAUCAAACGAUAUCAAGGAUGUGACCUGAGCAAACUAGAAGGGGAUCUAGAGGAUUUGGUUGGUUGGAUGCUCAGAUUCCGACCACAGGAUCGUCCAAAUACCGAACAAAUUCGGAAGCAUAAAUACUUUCGUGGCCAACUUGUUUGUCCUUACCCCAAGUUAAGUCUCACAGUACCAAAAACUUACAAAACGGAAAUUGUGAAAGUCUGGCGAGAGUCUGAAAAAAUGAAAACACAGCUUGAAGAAAAAAUGAAGCAGAUGGAACAUGAAAAUGAACAAGAAAAAAGAAAUAUGACGAUUGUUUUGGGAAAAGAAAUUCGAAACGUCAGAAAAGAGUCAGAAAGAUUGCGAAGAAAGCAUGAAAAAGAAAUGAAGCGGGUGCAAGCAGAAAAGUUGAAAAUGGAAAUUGAGAUUAAAAAGCUUAAAACUGAAAAGAAAGGUGCAGAAUCUCAGUGUUCAAGGCAAACUACUUUUGGUCUAAGAAUCAUCAACCAACAACCAUCUGUUGGCAGGAUGUUAUGGGAUUUGUUGCGAGAAUCACUGCCAGGAUAUGAAGGACAGGAGACUCUUGCCAUCACCUACUCAUUUCCUGCUGGAAGUCUGAAGGGAGUUUCAUAUGAAGCUCAAGAAUUCACUGAAUAUUUGCCAGAUACUAAUAAUGGAUUUAUGUGUCACAACUUACUCGAACAAGCAUUCUAUACAGGAUUGAUUUUCAAGAUUCAGGAAGUUGGUGACAGAAGAGGAAAAAUUGUGUGGAACGAUAAGUUUCCUCAUAAGACUAAUAAAACUGGGAGAUCAGAGAUCAAUGGAUAUCCAGAUUCAGACCAUACAAGAAAACUGAUAGAAGCAUUGAAGGCAAAAGGAUUUAAGUUUGAUGAUUCAAUACCACUAAAGUCAUGGAGAGUAAGAAGAUCAAAUGCAUGAGUGGAAGACAAUUAACAUUUCCUGCAACACUGAUUGUACUGCAUAGGAUACUGAACUUCAUUGAAACUACAUCAAAGACCAAAACAAUAAUUCCAUUGCAGCCAUUGUGUAAAUCAUAUUCUUGAUCAAAUAUCACAAAUAAUGAACCGAUGAAAAUAUUAAAAUUAUGAGACAAUUUAAUAUUCAGAAUCGUACUUGUGCCAUUCCUGUAUGGGCAUAUCAUUAAAUAAGUAAAAUGGCCUAGGCUGUCAAAGCAUAAUACUUAACUGCUGGCAUCGCAGAUUACACGUCUCAGGUGCUCCCAGGGUGUGUAAGAUUGGGUAGGCAAUGCCAAGCCGUAAAGAAUUUAAUCCUUUCAAAUAAAUAGUAGCUCCCUCCAUACAUAUUGUUAGAUAUCAGUGGCUUCUAAAAUUAAUAUUUUGGAGGCCUUUUCGAUAAUUUUUGUGGCUUUCAUUGCCCUGAACAAGCAUACAAUGAUGAAUAUGGAACUUCUAUAUUGCCCGAAAGGACUUGAAAUAUUCUUGU